UGAAAAGGUCUCGCGCAUGCGCAGCGCUGCAGACCUCGUCUAAAUUGAGGUCUUUGUUGAGACCAACAGACACAUCUUGCUCAAGCGUUUUUCAAACAUAUCAAGGCAAUAUACUAAAAGAAAACACUUCUUGAUACAAUUACGACUCUGCAAGAUUAUUGUAAUCUUAACUAUACGACGCGAGGAUAUGCCCAGACUUGACAACAUCGGAUGUACACAAACAAAACCUGCGUUUUCGUUUUAAGGUGGUAUUUUCAUCGUACGUCGUUUUAUUUAAACAUUCGCGACCAGUGACCGAUAGACAUGGGGAGCUGUCAUAGUUAAAAGGAGUUGAUCUCCUUUUUUCCUGGAUAUCAUGAAAGAAGAGAGGAAUAUUUUUUUGGAAAGGCUGCCCAUGGCAUGCAGCAGAAGUGGGGUUCAACUUUCCAGCUGCCUCGUCCAAACAGAGGAAAAGGGGAGAGCAGACAGAGGAUAUUUGUGGGUCUCCCAUAGUUCACAUAAAUAAUCAACAAGCAACAUUUGGGAUCGUUGUGAGAUAUGGAGACUGUCGGGAAAUUUGAGUUCAGCAGAAAGGAUCUUAUAGGACAUGGUGCUUUUGCAGUGGUGUUCAAAGGCAGAAAUCGAGAGAAGCACGAUUGGGAAGUUGCAGUCAAAUGCAUCAACAAGAAGAAUUUGGCCAAAUCCCAGACCCUUUUAGGAAAAGAGAUCAAGAUAUUAAAGGAGCUGAAACAUGAGAACAUCGUUGCAUUACACGACUUUCAGGAAACAGCCAGUUCUGUGUACCUAGUAAUGGAGUACUGCAACGGGGGAGACUUGGCCGACUACUUGCACUCCAAAGGCACUUUAAGUGAAGACACCAUCCGAGUGUUUCUGCAGCAGAUUGCAGGGGCCAUGAGGGUCCUUCAGGGCAAAGGCAUCAUCCACAGAGACCUGAAACCCCAGAAUAUCCUGUUGUCCCACCCUGCAGGCCGAAAGUCCCACUCCAACAACACCUGCAUCAAGAUAGCUGACUUUGGCUUUGCGAGGUACCUCCAGAACAACAUGAUGGCUGCUACGCUUUGUGGGUCCCCUAUGUACAUGGCACCAGAGGUUAUUAUGUCACAGAACUAUGAUGCCAAGGCUGACCUGUGGAGUAUAGGAACCAUUGUGUUUCAGUGCCUGACAGGGAAAGCGCCAUUUCAGGCCAGCAGUCCCCAGGACCUCCGCUUGUUUUAUGAAAAAAAUAAAACGCUUAGCCCAAACAUUCCCAGAGAAACGUCCAGUCAUCUCAGGCACCUGCUGCUUGGACUUCUGCAGAGGAACCAUAAGGACCGUAUGGACUUUGAUGAAUUUUUCAAACACCCUUUCUUAGAAGCAAGCUCCUCUAUGAAGAAGUCUGCUCCGGUGACCCUGACUUGUUUUCCUAGCUCAGCCUCUGCAAGCUCAUGCAGUAGUUCAUCUACAUCACACCUGGCUUCUCCUCCUCAAUCCCUUGCGGAGAUCCAGCAGGUCCGUGCGAAAGCAUUGGCCUCCCCUACCCAGGAUUCUCCAGGCUACCUUAAGGAUUCGGGCGGUGGUGGAGGGGAAAGCAGUAGCAAGAACUCAUCUUGUGACACGGAUGACUUUGUCAUGGUUCCAGCUCAUUUCCCCAGUGACCUCACCUGUGAAAUGCCAACAGGAAAGGUUCUCCAGGACAGUAUGAUGUAUAGUGGGAGUUCCCUUCUUGCAUCUGGAGGUCAGUGCAGUCAAGGCAAGACCCCUCCACGUUCCCCUUCCUACAGCAGCUCCCCGGGACCCAGCGGGCCGAGUGAGUUUUCUGGGAGUAACUAUAGCAACUAUGGGCAGUCUGCACCCAUUCCUGUCCCCACACAGAUUCACAAUUACCAGCGCAUGGAGCAGAACCUCCAGUUCCCAGGUCAAGAGGAAUCUCCAAGGUCUGGCACAGUACAGAGGUGUGGUAGUGGAAGUUUUCUGUCCUCUGGAAGGUCCGGCCCCUCACCGCCUCAGUUCGGAGGGCCUGUUUCAGCUCUCACAUCCCGCAGACUGUCUACAGGGGGAGCAAAACCUUUUCAGCUCUCCCCUCAGGUGGGCACUAUUCCUGAGUUGCCGGGCCAAGUUUGCCCAGCGAGUGCAGAAAUGAGUCACAGGAGUUCUAGGGGUGGAGAAACCAAACCUCGCCCGCAACAGGGCCUGGGCACACGCCUCAACAGCGCUCCCUGUUUGCUGGAGGCAGCUGGUGGAUGCAGGCAGAAGAUCAGGAAGCAGCAUUCAGACCCAGUUGUAGUCCCUCAGGGGAACGUGAUGCCCUUUCGAACUCUGCACUCCUCUCCCAGGCUCAGUGAGCUUAUGCAACGCAGCCCCCUGCCAACCAUCCUAGGAUCUCCUACCAGAGCCAUGCCCCCGUUUGAAUUUCCCAAGCCCCCGAGUUCCCCAAACAUGGUCACAUUUCUGACCCAGCAAGGAUUGAGACCAUCUCAAGGAGAGCCACCUGCCUACCAACCUGAGGAGAGAAAAGGCUUUGGGAGGUCUCAGAGCACUGGUCGCCUGUCUGACGUGCUCCUAAUGGCAGCGUUUGGAGGGCAGAGAGGACAAAAAGGAAGCAUGGAGAACCUCAAUUCAGACAGAGCCAUCGACAUCACAGCGCCCUCUAGUGGUGGACAUUUCUAUGUGGGUUCAAGUAGCCCAGCUCGUGUGGUGUUCACUGUGGGUUCUCCACCCAGUGGAGGGACACCGCCCCAAAGUGUUCGCUCAAGGAAGUUCUCAGUGGGUUCUUCAAGUUCCAUUAGUCCAGUAGGCUCCCUCACCAGCCGCUAUCCACAAACAGGCUUUUGCAUGGAUGGCUUUGACGGGCCUUCCAGUCCUCGCUACAGUUUCAGUGACCCCAUCUCAGCUGUGACUUUUGAAGUCCCUGAAUUACCAGAGGAGACCCUGAUGGAGCAGGAACAUACGGAGGCGUUGCGCAAGCUUCGGUUCAUGCUAGACUUCGCUCGCUGCAUGGUGGAGGUGGCUGGAGAUCGGGGUGGAGAUCCGGAGCAGACAGACCCCUCCUCUACCAGCCUGCUUCAGCAACAGAGCGUGGUCGCCGACCAGAUCAGCUCACUGAGCCGAGAGUGGAGUUAUGCUGAGCAGUUGGUGCUUUAUAUGAAGAUAGCAGAGCUUCUGUCAUCUUCACUACAAACAGCCAUGGAAGGCAUCAAGCAGGGAAAACUUUAUCCCUCUACCACCGUCAAACAAGUGGUCAGGAAACUGAAUGAUCUGUAUAAGUCCAGCGUGGUGUCCUGUCGAUCUCUGAGCGUUCAGCUGGAGCGAUUCUUCUCCCGUAAACAUAAACUCAUGGACCACAUCAACAGCAUCACAGCUGAAAAGCUUCUCUUCAGCCACACUGUACAGAUGGUGCAAGCUGCUGCUCUGGAUGAGAUGUUUCAUCAGGGCGAAGCAUCAAUUCAGCGCUAUCAUAAGGCUUUGCUGCUUAUGGAGGGUCUGUCUCUCCUUCUUACAGAACAGAGCGACAUCCUCAGCGUCAGCAAGUGUAAGCAAUGCAUCGAGCGCCGUCUCAACGCACUGCAGUCGGGUCUCUGCGUGUAAAGUGUCUCUACCACACACUGCUGUCAGUCAUCCCAAGAAUGAUCUGCUUUUUUAUUUCAUCAUUCAAUUUUGCAUUCCUACCCCCGUGCACCUCUUUUUGUGGUCUGUGGGCAUAGGAACAGCCCUCUGAUUGGACCAAAUCAGAUGGACAGCAGAUGUUAUAUUGCUGAGGGCUGAUGGGGAUGAUUCUCCUAAACAUCUUUAUAGACGCAAAAGACUCUGUAUUUAUUCCAUAAUCUACUAUAGGCCACCUGCCGGUUCUGUCUAGUAUGUACUACAAAGUGUCACAUUGCUUCAAGUUUCCCAUCUCAAGACGGGUCUGGUACAGGAUGUGUUAUAAUGGGUUGUGCAAUUUGUAGUAACUGACCAAGUUUUUCCACCCUGACAACAAAAAAACUAUUAUUUCUGUAUUUAUAAAAACUGCCUGUUCACUACAUGUUAACUUAUAGAGAGAAGUUAACAAUUAUGUUAAAUAUUAUAAGUAUGUAUGAGGGGAGGGUGCUUUGGGAUUUUUUUAGUUGAAGUCGGUUUGAUUGGUUGGCUGUCGUACUGCUUAGUAUCCAGUCAUUAGAAAUUAUAAGUAAUUAAUUUGUCAAUUUUAUGCAUUUGUUGAAUGUUGCAGCAGUUACCAAGGCCCACAUUCUCCUGUAUUUCACAGGCGGAUUAACUUUAUCUAUAAUUUAGUGAGGAUAAAAUUUGAAAUUUGGUGACCAGUCAAUUAGAAACGUAUCAAAACCAAUUAUUUAAAAGACAUUCCUUGCUUUACAGAAUGAAAACUGUAUCAAGCCAGCAAAAUCGUGUGUAGCACUUUAGUGAAUGUUUACCAAAUAAGAGCAUGUCAAAUACCAUUAUCAAAUGUUUAAGAAAUUAAUAUUUGUGUGUUGUGUUUGGACAUCUUUUCCUUUUAAAAACGCUAUUAUUGAUUUUAAGUUUUUUGGCCUUUUUUAGUCACAGUUUGGAUCAGGACUUAGACUGGUUUAAAGGGACACUCCACUUUUUUAAAAAUAUGCUCAUUUUCCAGCUCCCCUAGAUUUAAACAUCCGAUUUUUACCGUUUUGGUAUCUAUUUAGCUGAUCUCCGGGUCUUGCGAUACCACUUUUAGCAUAGCUUAGCACAAUCCAUUGAAUCUGAUUAGACCAUUAGCAUCGCGCAAAAAAUAACUUUCGAUAU